UCGUAAGUUACCGCUACCGGAUGAUCUAUAGAUCAUCAGGGGGCAGAUCGCGAUGUCCUCAGAGGAUCCGGACCCCUUCUACCGCGUCCGAUGCUCCGCGGAAACUCUUCAGUCAGGAAGCAAAGGGUUUUUUCGCGAGUUCAGCGAGGCUGUCACGGAGGCUGCGGGUCCCACCUGGAUCGCGAAGAUAUUCGGGAAGCUGGAGCGCGAUGAGGACCGGAUCAGGGCCGUCUUCACCGACCCAAAGGUGCGGGAUACCGUCCUCGGGACCCUCGGACACGUCAAGGAACUCUACAGGGACAAGGACGCCGCCAUUUCCCGGGCCAAGAGGCUCGAGGGCACGUUUUACGCUGCGGAGAAACACCACAACAGGGCCUUGCUUCUCCUCAGUCAAGCGGUCCUUAGGGCGCCUCUAAAUCGGGUCGAUAAAUCUGUCGAUGGGGGAUUCACCCUGGCUCUCGCCCUCCUCGCUAGAGCCGACGUUUUUCUUGCCCAGAGGAAGUAUUCGUAUGCUCUGGAGGAUUGCAAGAUGGCUGCUUCCGAAGGAGUUCCUGACUCUAUGAGAUCACAACUUUACCGGAAGAUGGGAGUCUGUCAGAGAAAUAUCGGCGAAUCGGAGAAGGCGAGGGUGUGUCUCGAGCUCGCAGGGCGAUUUUUGGGGCCGGAAGCAGUGAUCGAGAGAGAGACAUUACUGAAGGAAAUCGACGCGCUUCGAAGUCCGGUUCAACUCCAGGAACCGAAACGCGAACCGAGGACUCCCCAGCUGUCCGGAGGCCCGAAUCCUUCGUAUCCGAGACUGUCAAGGCUCGUGAAAAUCGAGGAGACACCAACGGCCGGAAGGCACGCGGUGGCCGCUGAAGAAAUUCACGUCGGCGAGACUUUGGCCACCGAAGCUCCUCUGGCCGCCUGUCUGGUUCCCGAAAACUACGGAUCCCAUUGCCAGAACUGCUUCGCAAGGUUGCGGGUUCCCGUCGGAUGUCCAACCUGCAGUAGCGUCGCCUUCUGCGGUACGAAAUGCCGGGACGAAGCCAUGGCUACUUACCACAAAUUCGAAUGCAAGAUCAUCGCUCUGCUGAUAGGGUCUGGAAUGAGCGUUCUCAGCACGGUAGCCUUUCGGAUGAUAACCCAAGAGGGAGUGAAAAAGUGUUUAGAGACGUACAACAGGGAGAUGCAAGAGUCUACGGGGACAGCUGCGAAGCUGAGUAAAUCUGCCAGGAGACGACAGAGGAAGAAGAAGCUGAAGGAAAACGGUAUUAGCGGAACGGAGGACGAGCAGGAUACGACGAGUGGUCCUGACAAGUCUGAGGCGGUCGUAGGAUCGACGUAUUCGCUGGUCACUCACGCGGAUAAAAGACCAGCCGAAGACUUCUUGCACAGAUCGUUGAUGGCUGCUUUCCUUGUCAAGUGUCUUCAGAGAGUUGGCUUCUUCGAAAAUCCAUCGAAGAUUAACGAGCCACCGAGCAACGAAGAGACUGCGAUAGGAGCUCUGCUUUUGCGAUAUUUGCAAUUCCUGCAGUUCAACGCUCACGAAAUAUUCGAGACGCGUCUCGGUAACGAGCACCGGUUCCGAGGAAGCAAACAGCUCUAUACAGGCGUUGCUAUUUAUCCCUCGGUCGCUCUGUUCAAUCACGAUUGUUAUCCUGCCGUCACGAGGUACUUCGUCGGGAAGAAUAUCGUUAUCAGAACUACGCGACCUCUGAAACCGGGGGAACCCGUCGCUGAGAAUUAUGGCCCUAUUUUCACAAAGAGAACCCUCGUAGAGCGGCAGAGAGCCCUGGCAUCAAGGUACUGGUUCAGGUGCCAGUGCACAGCUUGCAAGGAGGACUGGCAGACUUUCAAGACUUUGACAAACGAUUCCACGCGAUUGAGGUGUCCAACGGAAGGUUGCAGCAGAGGUUUGGCGCAGCCACGAGACCCGAGCAAGCUGAUAAAAUGUCCAGGUUGUCAAUCGAAGGUGAGCCUGGCGAAGCGUCUCGAGAGUUUACGGGAAUGCGAGGCAAAAUAUACGAGAGGAUUGGAUACCAUGGAAGCUGAGCGAGCCGACGAAGCAGUCGAAGAGCUAGCGCAGGCUAUCGAUGAGUUUCACCAGAUCGCACUUCCACCUCACAGAGACACACAUCUCGCACAAAUCGGACUUGCCGCGUGCAUGGCCGAUUCCGGGAACACGUGGACACCUCCGAGUAUGGAAAACAAGGUGUAAUAUGUUGUUGUAGGAUUUUCAUAAUACUACGUUCGUAAAGUAACGACGUACGACUGCCGAGAUUUUUUUUCUU